AUGCGCGACCCGGCGAUGAAGCGCAGAAUGUACUCCACCGGCAAUUAUCAAAAGCCCUUACGCAAUCUGAUGGCCUUGGUCAUCAAAUGCUCCAACAUUGUGGCUACGACUCCUGUAACAUCCAGUUCUUUCCUCUACAGAUCAUAUAACUCAGAAGUGGCUCGUGGCGUCAUAUUUGAUAAGGCUGCCACGCUAUUCUGCUCCGACAGCUUGUUGGUUCUCGGCAAUACGCCUCGACCUAUGAUCAUGUUCGGCGAUACCAAGCAGCUUGCCCCGGUCCUGCGGCAAGAAGGAGUGGAGGAGAGGGAUCUUGGAUUGGAGUGUCAAGAACCAGGAGAGGGAAACGUCAUCAGCCCAUACCUCGAUAAUGCUGCGGACCGCUACUGGAACUUGGCAAAGGAGUGUGGUCUUCAUCUUUGCAUCAUUCGAAUGCACGAUUAG